AUGGAUACAUCAUCAGUGCUUGAUAAAUACACACAAGACCUCUCCAACUUACCUUUGGAAAUACGACACCUACUAGAAGAGAUCAGAAACAAAGAUAUACAAGUUGCUGAGAUUAGAAAACAAUGCCAGAUAAAAGACAGCCAAAUACACAAGUUUAUCAGGACCAAUGGUACUCUUGCGAAACAUCCCAAAGAACAACAAAUUUAUACCAAAAUAGAAGAAGACAUGAAACAGGUUAAGAAAGUUCAAAAGGAAAAGAUACUACUCGCAAAUACGGCAUUAUUCUUAGUUUCGAAGCAUUUAUUCAAUUUCGAAACCGAUAUUACUAAGCUAGAACGGGAUGAGCUUUUACCACCACUAGAGGCACCUGUGGAUAUACAAACAAUGAACAGGGAUGACUAUCCAAAUGCGUUAAAUGGACUUUCAGACACUUUAUCAGCGACACCAACACCUAGAAAUACCUUGUCUGUUACUCCCGCUGUUGAGCAGCCAGUCAAGAAGGGACUCAAGAGGAAAGCUGCCACAAAGGGUAUUGUUUCCGUUUCUGCAACCCCAGCGGCAUCGUCAAGUAGAGCUAAUAAAAGAUUGAGGUCCGAGGAGGUUGAAGAUAAUUUAGGGUAUGAUGCAGGUUCGUUAGCGCUAAGUGGGUCUACAGCUGACGUUCCUACCAAUAUGGACGGUCCUCAGGGUGAGGAUGCAGACAAUAAUCUCUAUUGUUUCUGUCAAAGAGUCUCAUUUGGUGAAAUGAUUGGAUGCGAUAAUGAAGAUUGCAAGUACGAGUGGUUUCACUGGAGCUGCGUGGGUAUAACGUCUGCUCCCAAGCCAGAUGAAAUAUGGUAUUGUCCUGAUUGCAGGCAGCGAAAGAAGAAAAAGAAGGCAUGA